AUGGAGAAGAUGGUUGGAUUUGAAAACUUGAAGCUUUCCGGCUGUGAUGCAACCAACGCGGUCAUCAAUCUCGAUCAGGGAGAUCCGACUGCAUUCCAAGAGUACUGGAUGAAGAUGAGGGAGAGGUGUACGGUGGUGAUACCAGGAUGGGAACUGAUGAGCUACUUUAGCGAUACAACGAACGUGUGUUGGUUCCUAGAGCCAGAUCUUGCUGAGGCGAUCAAGGCUUUGCACCGUGAGAUCGGUAACGCAGAGACUGAGGAACGCUACAUCGUGGUGGGUACUGGCUCCUCGCAGCUUUGUCAGGCCGCCUUGUAUGCACUUUCUUCUCUCUCUGAGGUCAGGCCUUUGAGCAUUGUCGCCGCGGUUCCUUACUACUCCACAUACGUGGAGGAGGCAUCGUAUGUUCAAUCGCAGCUGUACAAGUGGGAAGGAGACGCAAGAACGUUCAACAAAACCGGACCGUACAUCGAGAUGGUGACAUCACCGAACAAUCCUGAUGGGACCAUCAGGGAGCCGGUGGUGAACCGUGGUGGGAAAGUGAUACACGACUUUGCAUAUUACUGGCCACACUACACUCCCAUCAUUCGCCGUCAAGACCACGACCUUAUGCUCUUCACCUUCUCUAAGAUCGCCGGUCACGCUGGGUCCCGCAUCGGGUGGGCGUUGGUGAAGGACAUAGAGGUGGCUAAGAAGAUGGUGCAGUACCUAACAAUCAACUCAAUUGGUGUGUCUAAGGAGUCACAGAUUCGAGCCACGACGAUCCUCAAUGAACUCACCAAAACUUGUCGCAUCAAAUCGGAGAGCUUCUUUGAGUAUGGUAACGAGAAGAUGAAGUCAAGGUGGGAGAGACUGCGCUGGAUCAUAGAUAACACCGGUGACACAUUCACUCUGCCUAAUUACCCUCAAGCCUUUUGCAACUUCUUUGGCAAAAGCAGCUCCACUUAUCCUGCGUUUGCAUGGCUGGGGUGUAAAGAAGACAAGGAUCUCCAAAGUCUCUUGAAGGAAAAUAAUGUUUUGACAAGAGGAGGAGACCGAUGUGGCAGUGAUAAGAAGUACGUACGCGUCAGCAUGCUUAGCCCCAACAAAGACUUUGACGAGUUUCUCCACAGACUUCUCAUCAUCAAGGAUCGUAACUGCUUUGAGACUUAA